UACUUGAACUUUACUGGGCGGUGUGUGAGUUGCAGGAAGAGCUGCUCCAAGUCCCACAUUUUGAGGCCAAUGUGCUGAAGUUUUCCGGGUCUGAGUUAGGGAAAGAGGACGAAACGUCUACACUUUAACGCCCAUUUCUCGUUAUAUGGGUCAAAUAACUGGAUUUUAUCGAGCUAUGCUUGGCUAAUCGAGAGCGGUCACUGCUGCAUAACACAAACAAACCCGUAAUUUUCGCUUCUUUUAGGGACAGAAAGGUUUGUUUUUACUACGUUUUGUUUAUUUUAAGAGUUCAAAUCGCAUGUUGGUGAUUAAAUUAUUGACAUCAUAAUGGCAGUGAAGGCUCAGGUAUUAUAUGACUUCACUGCUGAGCCUGGCAACAAUGAACUGACUGUUAAAGAAGGUGAAAUACUCACGGUCACUAACCAGAAUGUAGGCGGUGGCUGGGUAGAGGCUCAGAAUUCCAGAGGAACUGUAGGCCUGGUGCCCGAGGACUACAUUGAGAUCAACCCUGGUUCCACACAAGCAUCAAGUGACACGCAAGCCACACAGUUCAUUGAUGCACACAAUCAAGGUUACAACAGCAGUUCAGCAAACUCUCAGGCAAUUAAUGUGAAUGAGCCUUGGACUGCGAACAACUGGAACCACGCUGAACAGGAACCAGCAGGCAAUAAUGGUUCUGUCUAUUCCUUCGAUGAGGAAUGGGACGAUGACUCCGAUGAUGGAAAGUCGACAGGCGGCUAUGGAGGCUCACAGGUGGAAGAGGGCGGAACCAUGCAGCGGGGCGGGGGUCACUCUACUAUGAAAUUAGCCCUCAACAAGUUUCCAGGGUUUUCUAAGACUCCAAAUCCAGAAGUGUAUCUGCUUACCAAGCACAUAGCUAAAGGAGAUGAAAGAUUGCCAAUUUAUACGGGUGAGGUGGGUCCUGUAUGGUUGUAUCCACAAACUCAGUUAGAUUGUGUAGUGGCUGAUCCCAAAAAGGGGUCAAAAAUGUACGGCCUGAAGAGCUACAUUGAAUACCAGGUCACACCUAAUACUACUAAUAGACCGGUCAAUCACAGAUACAAACACUUUGACUGGUUAUACGAGAGGCUCGUGGAGAAGUUUGCCUGUGCUCUGCCAAUCCCAUGUCUACCUGACAAACAAGUUACAGGCCGAUUUGAAGAGGAAUUUAUCAAAAUGCGCAUGGAACGCCUGCAGGGCUGGAUGUCCCGCAUGUGCCGGCAUCCAGUGAUCUCAAACAGUGACGUUUUCCAGCUCUUCCUUAACUACAGAGACGAGAAGGAGUGGAAACUAGGGAAGCGGAGAGCAGAAAAAGACGAAACCGUGGGAGUGAAAAUCUUCUUCAACAUAGAUCCAGAUCUCCCAGAGUUAGAUCCUGCUCAAGUGGAGCAGAAAUAUGAAAUGUACAGCCAGUUUACUAGAUCCAUGGACAACAGUGUUAAAGAACUACUGGCUGUUGGGCAUCUUCACUGGAAGAGAUGUACAGGCCCAUUACAAAAGGAGUAUCGGCAGAUUGGAAAAGCAUUUCAGAACCUUUCAUCAGUUUUCAACACUAGUGCAUACAACGGGGAAUCAACUUUGACAGAAGCAUUGACUGCAACAGGAAAAACGUAUGAGGAAAUAGCAGAAAUCGUUGCAGGACAGCCGAAAAAAGAUCUACACUUCCUGAUGGAAACAAACCUUGAGUACAAGGGUCUACUGGGCUGCUUCCCUGACACAAUAACAGUUCACAAGGCUGCCAUUGAUAAAGUAAAAGAGGCUGAUCAUUUGGUGGUGAUGAAUAAGAUUAGCCAACAAGAUAAACUCAUCAUGGAAAAGAACCUCAGCACCAUGUCUUACGCAUUGCAAGCGGAGAUGAAUCACUUCCAUAGCAACCGUAUCUAUGACUACAACAGACUCAUGCAGUUCUACCUGGAGGAACAGGUGAAGUUCUAUGAAACGAUUGCUGAAAAGCUGAAGAAAGCGCUUGGACAUUAUACCACCAUGUGAGGACUCGCUCUGAACGUCAAUACUCAUCAAACUGUGUCGAUUCUGUGGAGUUUUAAAACAGGAUGCUGCUUUGGCUUUUUUUUAUGUUAAUACACAACUAACCAUAUUGUUUCCAUAAAAUUCUGUAUUGCUGCAUUGUGGCAUCUGUAAAAUACAGGUUAUAAGGGAACAAACUAUUUUUGAUGUGCAGAAUAUCAUUUACCAAAUAUUUUGUUCACAGAAAAAGGUGAAAUACAAAUCUUAAUUGUUAUUUAAGCUAAUGUAACACUCCCCGACGUAAAAAAACAAAACAAAAAAAACAAUAGUUCGUACAAAAAUUUUAAUUUGGUAAAAUAAUCUGCUCACUCUUAGGCCAUCCAAGAUAUAGGUGAGUUUGUUUCUUCAUCAGAACUAAUUUGGAGAAAUUUAGCAUUAAAGUAUAUCACUUGCUUAUACUUCACAAGACAUUAAUUUAUGAACUUGAGUGAUGUGGAUACUGAAUUAUCAGCUGUUUGGAGAUUUAUUCUAACGGCACCCAUUCACCGCAAAGCAUCCAUUGGUGAACAAGUGAUAAAAUGCUACAUUUCUAAACUUUUUUGCUUUAAGAAAUAAACUCCUCUCCUGUACAUCUUGGAUGGCCUGACGGUGAGAACAUUUUCAGUAUUUUUUUCUUUAUGAGUAAACUACUCCCUUAAGACAUUUAAUUUUAUUUAUGUAAAUUGAGGUCUCUCAGGGUCAUGUUCACUUAGACUGGGCCAUCUAAACCAAAUGAGUUUAUUAACAUCUUAAAUUGUCUGACAUGAUUUUAUUUUCUUGUGGUAUGUGAAAUUAAAUAUGACAGAUGUUUAGUGGUAUGUAUUAGAUAAAAGCAAUAAGGACAUUGUCUUUUACCUGUGGUAAAAUUUUCUAUGCAAAACAAAACUAAAAAUGUCUCAUUGUCACACUCAGUGUAUAAAAUGUGUUUUUAACUAGC